GCCGUGCGAAGUUCACGCGAGGACUCCAGCGUCCCUGGCUCUUAGGCUGGCGGGACCUCAGAUUUCUCUCGCGUUUUUUCCCUCGUGCGGCGGCGGCUAACUCCGCGAAGGCUGUAUCCCGAGCGCGGGCCUGGCGGGGACGGACAUGAGGGGUUUCGGUCGCAGCCAGUUCUUGGGAGGCUCGGGGGAGGACGUUCCGGCUUUCACGGGCGCCGACGGCGGCGGGGCGACGGAGCGCUCGAUCCUUUCCGCUCGUCUGGUGGUUAUCUGCUGCCACGAACACGUGCUGUGGAGCCUCUCGUGGAGCCCUUCUUGGGGCUUGCACUCUGGUGGGGGCAGCCAUUAGUUGCAAGCAUGGGGUCACUAGAGCGGUGGUCUGACCCAGAACAGGGGAGGUUUCUCUGAGGAAGGCAGUGUCUUGAGGUGACAGUGAACUUCCAGGGAGGGGGCCUCUAGUUUGUUCGUAUGAUAGGUAACCAGUAUCUGGCGAGCUGAUGCAAAGCGUCAACUGUGCCGUAAUAUAUCUGUGACUAAAUUAGAAUCUCUUAAUGUUGCCGUGAAGUGAGACAGGUUGCCCGUGUUGUGUAUCACACAGGUAGGAACCAAGUGCCGUGAGCUCCGGAUUCUGAGACUCUUUUUGUCUCAUGAUUGAGUUAAGACACACGUAGGAAACAUUCGUGUUAUAUAUGUUGAAUUUAAAACGUCAUACCUUGGUUUUAUUAUGGUAUGGCUUUCAGCUACUUGAAGGCACAUACUUGGUCUGGUUCACGCCCAUAUUUCCUGGAACAGUCUUUGAGCUCAGCUCAGUAGGAACCUAGUGAUGUUAAAUGAAGACAUAAGUGAUGCAGUAAUUGUAGGGCUUCAAAAAUAAGGGGGAUAACCAGAGACUUAUUUAGGAUAAUUAAAAUGACAAAAGAGCCUGAGAGACUUGAAUAUGAAGGUAAACCCGAAGUCAUUAAGCCCCGUGAUUCUGGAACUACAAAGGCUAAUAGCAGCAGGGAGCUGAGCGUAUUCAUUCCUGAAGGGGAUUUGUACAAAUCAAAGGAAUGUUAGCUUCCUUUGCACAUUUCCAGAGAAUGAGAUUUGGGAUCUGGGAGACUUGAGUGCCAGCCUCAGGCUAGCCACAAAGUAGUCUUGACCCUGGGUUUUACUUCUCAAAACUUCACUUUCUUCAUCUGUGAAAUGGGGGUAACAGUGGUGCGGUUAAUGAGGAAAAUGUAGGUCGAGUGUUAGUACAGCGCCUGGCAUGAGAAGUGUGCACUCUUACUUUAAAAGUUCCUGUGCUGUGCAUUGUGUGGAAAGAGGCAGACCCUGCCCUAGUUGUCAGAGAAAUUAUCUCUUUCUGAUUGGUAUAUAGAAGCCAGAUCUUGGUAAAUGAUAAUGAUAAAUAUCUGAAAUAAUCAAUGCAGAAGAUUUUUUAAUGGAGGUUAUUCUGUUAUACUUUUUUCCGUGUUGUGUUAACAAGAAAACAGCAGUGACAACUGACAAACCAUUACAUCUUUCAUCAUGCAGACCUAAUUGAUAGCAAAUGUACAUCAUGUAUUAUUCUCCUUACUCUGUCAUUUAGAAGUAUAAUUGAUGCAGAAGACUUUAAAAAAUUAUUUGGGUUCUCAUGCAUUAAACUAACCUACUUGUGAUUUAUAGAAGGAAAGACAGCACAAGAAGUGUCUGCCUAAUUUGCUAAUUUCUGCUCUUUGGAGAGCCUUUGUAACUUCUUAUGUUCUUAAUAGAGGUUUACACACGAUCGAUCGUGUCUACUGUAAGAGAAAUGCGCUUCUAAACUCAUGUCUAUUUAAGCUGACGCCCAGUUUAAAGCUACACUACCCUUUUUUAUAUUCUUAAAACUGCUUUGUGAUCUUUAUGGAAUUUUUUCUAAAAUUUUGAGAAAAUUGGUAAUAGCUACAGAAAUUUUAAAACCAGAGUUCAAAGUCACCUUCAGCAAUUAUAUUUCUUGGUGUGUAUAUUUUGUUGGGUAUUGUACUGGAUUUAGAAGUUAAAGACUUAGUCCUUUUCCUAAGAUGAUUUACAGUCUGAUUAGGUAGAAUGAAAAGAUACAGAAAAACACUAAAAACAGUCUAUGAUAGGUGGUUUCAACACAGCCUCAGGUAGAUAUAGUGAGCGAGCAGUUUCAGAGAAGGCUUCUUGGGACUGGGGUUUGAGUGAUUAAGCUUUGAAGAAUGACUAGCUUGUAAAUAAAUUGGGAGACUAUUUCAGAAAGAGAAAACAGUGGGCAGAGGAAUAGCAGUAGACUAUGGGAUUGUAGCUCUAGCAUGGACAGUGAAUGAGGAAAUGGCAAAAUUUGUGACUAAAGGAGAGUCAGAAUAAUGGGAAGUAGGCUUAAGCUACAUUGGGAAGGACUUUAAACGCUAAUUAAAGAAGUUGCACAGUAUUCUAUCAGGUGGCCCUUGAAGGUUUGGGAGUAGGAUGUUGACCAGAAUAGUUAGAAUAUAUUUGAGGUAGAUGAUAGUGUAGUAGAACGGUUAGAAAGGGAAUAUCAGAAAGUUAAAACCCAUUCAGUGUUUAGCUCAUUAUAUUAUUUGUAUUGAAGCCGUAUCUGUGGUCUUAAGGGUAUGGAAGGCUGCUACAUGCAGUGGCCUCAUCCCUCUACCUCCUUGACCCUCCUUGACAAGAACCGCUAUUUUGAAGCAACAAUAGUUCUUACAAAGCAGUUCUCAGGCAGAAUCGUCAGGGACCCAGACCAUCUUAAAAUCCAUGUUAGAGGACUGUCCUGCAGGGCUACUCAAUAUGUCACAGCUCGGUACAUCUUACAUUUUGUAGAUUCAUGGAAUACUACUUAAGGUGUUUGUUUUAAACAAAAGUAAACUUCCCAGGCACAUUAAUAACGUUUUAAAGUUUAUUUAUUUAUUUAUUUUGAUAGAGAGUGGGGGAGAGUCAGAGAGAGGAUCCCAAGCCAGCUCUAUGCUGUCAGCAUGGAGCCCGAUGCAGGGCCUGAACCCAGGAACCAUGAGAUCAUGGCCUGAGCUAAAGUCAGAGGCUUAACUGACUGAGCAACCCAGUACCCCAAAAGUUUUGUUUAAAACUAGGUAGGAACUUUUAAAUAAACCAAGAUUCUGUGGCAAAAGGUAAUUGGGCCCCUUCCUGGACUGCUUAUUUAAGUCUAUCAAGUGUUUUAUAAGAAAUGCUAUUUUUCCCCCCAGAAGGAGCAGCUGCUAAUCGUAUCAGGCCACCAUGUUCUGCUCAGCAACAUUCUUCUUAAGAAGUACCAAGGGGGGAAAAUGUGGUGGAGUGGAAAGGGGACUGGCCUGUGUCCCCAGGACUGCUACAUGCAUGUAGUUGAGAGACAUGGAUUUGAAUGCUGCCUUGAAUGCUUAUUACCAUUAUGACCUCAAACAAGUCAUUUAGCCUGUUGGAACCUCAACGUUUCAUCAACAAAAUGGGGAUAUUAGUAAGUUCCUUAGAUGCAUUGUAUGAUCUAAAUAACCCUAUUUACCAAGAACAGUGCUUAGGAUAUAUCAGACACUCCGUACAUGUUAGUUCCCCUCUAAUGCAGUCCCCUUCCUCUUGCUGCCAUAUUCCUAAGCACUAGCCAGCAAUGCAAUCUUAAAUCACUUUUCUUCUCUAGACCUCUGAAUGUCCUGAACUGUGCCAUUAAGUCACACUUUUCAUUUAUCUUUGCUCAGCCUCACCUUCCAUUCCCCUGAUAUCCCCACUAACCCUUUUCACUGAGAGCACUGAGAACUUCUCUUACCUCUUCCUUUGCUCCCACAUCUGGACUUACCUGCAUCCACCUCAGUCAUUUCUUCUGGUCUUGAGUGCCUUCCUCCCACUGAACACCAAUUCCUGUACUGGAUUCCAUCAUUUCUUGCCAUGUCCGCUAUCAAUUGUUUGCUCUCUCUUGUUAUGGGCUUCUCCUACCCAAGACUCUUCUACUUAUAGAAAAAGUCCCUUCCUAGCUCCUUCAUCCUUCCUGUAGUUAUUUUUCUAUUUUCUCUCUCCCAGGUUUAGGAGGAAAAAAAUAUGUGUGUUAUUUCCAUAUCACUCUUUGCUCAACCCACAGGUCUCUGUUACUGUCACACUACUGAGACUACAAUAGUGAAGGACAUCUACUCUCUUUUUUCCUCUUGGGAUCAUCUCAUGUACCCUCAUGGUUUUUUACUGUCAUCUGUAUACUGAUGCUCUCUUCUCUCUCUGCCAUACUUCUUACCUGAGCUGUAGAACCCUACACUCAGUUGUGUGUUGGACAUCUCUACCUCAGUAUCCCACAGAUUCUACAACAUGCCCAUAAGUGAGCUGGAUUAAUCAUCUCUUUCCCCUCCUUCCCCCUGCUGUGGACACUCCCCUCCCAAUAAGCCUGCACUUUCUCCUAAAUUCCCUGACUUGGCUGGUGGAACGGCUAUCCAUCCCAUUAACGAAAUAUGAAACCUGGGUAAAUCCCUGACACAACUUCCUCCUUUCUCCACAUCCAGCCCAUGACAUCUGAGCAGAGGACUGAACGACGAGGGGCCAGUCCUAUGAAGCUCUGGGAAGAUCUAAGGUAGGGAUGGCACUCUGCCUUUGCUCUCAUGGUAUUCUGCUCUGACCAAACUGUCCCAGAUUUGCCUGACUCCUGUAUGCAGUGAUGUUAAGAGGAUUAUUUAUACAGGAAAACUUUUUUAAAAAAAAUUUUUAAUGUAUAUUUAUUUUUUAGAGGGGGGAGGGGCAGAGAGACAGAAUCCAAAGCAGGCUCCAGGCUCUGGAGUGUGAGUGGGGGAGGGGCAGCCUGCUUCAGAUGCUGUGAUUCUUCAGAUUCUCCCCUGCUUGCUCGUGCUUGCACUCUCUCUCUCAAAAUAAAUAAACAUUUCAAAAAAUUUAUAUAAUUUUACAUUCCAUAUAGUUUGUUGUUAAAUAUGCCCUUCAGUAGAGAAUAUUCGGUUUUAUAUCUUGAUUUUUUAAGUUAGAAAACUUACAAUCUUAUAUAAUCUAUGUAACUAAAAAGAUUGACUUAUUUUUAUGAUCUGUAUUUGCACAGGUAUGUUAAUAGGUUAUACAAAAACAGAAUUAAUCACUGGAAGCAAAAGCUUUCUGUUUAUCCCAGGCAAACAACUCUUUCCACCAGGAGGGAUAAACAUAAUUUUCUGCGUGGCUCCCUAGCUGCUUCCUGGCACUCGAUAUGAUGUUGAGUACUGUGGUCACAUGUGAACAUUGGGUUACAAGCACCCUGGCAGGAGAGCCUCUGUUACGUGUAUCUUUGUACCGCCCACAAUGCUAACCUAGUGGUGUCCUGAACAUAAGCCUCCAGUAGAUACUGGCUGAAUGACUCACUGUUGUCUCUCUGCAGAGGUCAGUUCCUCAGUUCAGUGACGCAGGUUGCAUUUCAGCUACUGGGGCUGCAAUAUCCAGGUGGGGGCUGUGGACUCCUGUAGCCUCUUAAUUCUCUUGAUCACCCACCGUUUACACAGUCGCCCUUUCAGAACCCUCCUCCCUUCUCCCCCACUGCUUUGGAUGGUGAUUGCUUCUCUUCUUCCCCUUACUCUAUAUCUCUCAGCAAUGAUUUAGGGCCAUUUUUACAGUCUGCUAAUUCCCUGAGAAUGAGGUGCCUCUUCUGGGAGAUACUGCCAUCCUCAAUGGCACUGCAGAUAGGUUUGUGUUGACUGAUCUCCAGGCUCUCCAAGUCAUUUUGCCCUUAUCCUGAUUAUAAGGCACCAUCUGUUUGUCUCCAUGGCUUAAUGAAUCGAGGGCUUAUAAAUAUAGCUGAUAUCUAAAUUAAAUCCAAAUCACAGUGAAGAAAGGAUAAUAGUCUCCUUCGCCAGAGAUGGGUGGGCAAUUACUUUUAUAGCUUUGGAGAAAAAUGGAUUAUGUAGAUACUUCACUCAAAUUGGUGGCCCUGAGUCACUGUCCCUAUAUGCUGAUGCUUUUGCUCAGGGACAGUAACUUGCCUGCCCUGUUUCAGGAGAAAUAGAUUAUCUACCUGACCCAAGUUCACUCAGUGAAUCAGCAGUCAGAUUCUAGCCAUCAUAGUCCUUCUGCUACUUUGGCUUAUGAGGGUCAGAAGAAUUUUUCAAGCAUGAAGAAUAUUAAAAUAACCAUUAAAAAACUGACCUAGUAACCUUCGCCUGUUGCCUAAUGCAGUAUGGCUGAUGAGGGGGAAAUCCCUUGCAGUGAGAUGGCUGAGUGUUAAGUGUACUACACAGGUUGUGAUUUUUCUAGAAAUUGCGGGGGGGGGGGGUGGCUGUUAAACAGUUUUAAAAGAUCUAUUGCCACUUCUGGUGAAUUUGUUCUUACAGUCAGUGGGAUCUGGAAUCCUUGAGAUCCAUGGGCUACAGUGAGUGAGUUGUCUCUGGCCUCCCCCUUACCUGCAAGUAUUUUACACCAGAAGGAAGCAGAACCACAUGCAGCUACCCAAACAGCCUGUGCUACACCAACACAUGUGCUCACUGCCUACCAUUCUCUAGGCACAUUGCCAUACACUUGACAUAUCCACGUCUCUGAUCAUUAAAGCAGCUCUAUCAUGUAAAUACUAUUAUCCCCAUUUUAUACAUGAGGAACCUGGGGAUCAACAUAAUUAAGUAAUUUUCAUGGGUUUCCAUUGAGGCAGAGGCAGGAUUUGAACCCAGUCCUGUUUAGCUCAUGUUGUUUCUGCAAUGCUUCGUUGCCGUUCAGUGCAUUUUUUUGCCCUCCCUGUGCUUAUUCUCUGUCUCCUCUUCUGUUUCCCUUUCAGAAUCCUUAUCAAUCACAAGGGUUUUUUGAAAUAUAAAAAUGUGUGUAUAUAUUAUACGUACAUAUAUAUUCACAACACACGUACUUUUAUAUCUAUAUACCCAUAUAGAUGUAGGUAUUUAUAGACAGAUAUAAAUAGAUAUAUAGAUGUAUAUAACAUUAAAUGAGGAAAGAUAUACCCCUCAAAUGUUAAUGGUUGUUUUAUCUGAGUAGUAGAAUAAUUCGUGAUUUUCAUUUUUUCUUUGUGUUUUUGUGUCUUUCUCAAACUAGUAUUAUUGUCAUCAGGAAACAGUUUUUUAAAUCUUUCACAUCCUUUCAAAUUCAUCUGCUACUACCUUUGUGAGUAAAAUCUUUCCUGAUCUCCACACUAAUGCUACUUUCUCUUUUGAAACACACUCUCUUUCCCCAGCACUUUAUUUUGUAACAUUAGUUAUUUAUUUUGAGAGAGAGAGGGAGGGGGAGUUGCAGAGAGAGAGGAGAGAGAAAACCUCAGGCAGGCUCCAAACUGCCAGCGCAGAACUCAGUGCGGGGCUCAGACCCAUGAACUGUGAGCCCAUGACCUGAACUGAAAUCAAGAGCACGAUGCUUAACCGGCAAGAGCCACCCAGGCGCCACUCCCCAGCACUUUUAUUGUCUUGGGUCAUUUCCAGCAUUUUGCUUUGUAUUCUGUGUAACCACAGGUCCCCAGGUCCCACAAAUUGAUAGAGGAAAGGAGUCAGGGAGGCGCAGCUAAUGAUAAAAAAGGUAACGGAAUAGCUGUUGCUCCAUUAGGAAAGCUAGAAUCUUCCUGCUGUAUCCACUAUCCCAGACUUUUUGGUCUCAUCCCCUCCCUAUGGUCCUGGCCAUGUCUCUUCCACAUUGAUGUUCCUAUGACCUGAGUCAGCCAUGAUGCUCACUCUGUGUGUGAUGCUGUCCCCUCUCCUUCACUUGGUACCAAGCUAGGCCCCAUUAUUCCAUCAGCCUCACACCAUCUAGGCUGUGCCUCUACCCUUCAUCACUUUGCUGAAGUGGGACCAUCUCCCACCCAGGUUGUACCUUUUAAAAGUUAUUCGCCUUCCCCUCAUUUUCUUAAUCUCUGAUAUAACCUAUUGCACGAUGACUCAUGUUUUCCGGCUCCUUAAUACAUCCCCUCCCCAGCCUCUUUGCCUAGAAGAACUUGCCCUGAGAUUAGGUUGGGAGCCAGAGAAAUCUGGCCCAAUCCUUCCCUCUCCUUAGUCAGGGGCCCCAGAUGGAAGGGUGCACAACCACUCUCUUGUCUGGGAGAUCGAGCUGUGAUUUUGUUCUAUAAUUUAUUCUAGUGUCUCUCUCCUGGGUGGCUUGUUAGCCUUCAUCUCACCAGUCAUUCCCUUUCCAGGAAGGCCUGUCUGCAGCAACCAGAACUGGAAGCCUGGUGGCCCGCUUGACAUGCCCUGUGCUUGGGUAGACAAACAGAAGCAACCCUGCUUGGGCUGUCAUCAGUCCACCGUGUCCUCUUCUAAGCCUCUCCAUUAACUUCUUGGACAGGAGCUGAGGACCAGUCAACUUUGUACACUCUGUGCACUCUGAAGCAGCUCUUAACAUAGGAUGGUCUCAGACUCCUCAGACUCCUCAAAAUCAAGUGUACCUAUUUCUCCUCAGGCUAGAUAGCCCAGGUCACCCUGGACAUCAUACAGCACAUAUGUUCUAGCAGGAUAUGAAAAGGAAUUUUAAGAACCCAGAUGGCAGUAGUCUUAUGACAUUCUCUUGACCAUCCCCAUGACUCUAUGGGGCUCUAGACCAUCCUUGAGGAUACAAGAGUGACAAGCCACAACUACAUCAAAAUUUGUAGCAAAUAAGGGACUGGGUCGGAAUGGGAACCACCGAAGGAGCUAUUUCAGAGCUUCACGUCUUCUGUGCUGCUGGGGGAAACCUGAGGCAGGUGGUCUCCGUCACCACAGCUUAGGCUGGUGGGUUCGGUAUAGUCCUUGCCUGGGAGUUCCUGACCCAGUAGGAGGGCAGACAAAAGCUCCAGAACUGGGUGUGUCCUCCUAACAUGGCCUCCACCGCCUCCCCUCUGCCGCCUACCACUGAGGUUGCCAGUUCUGAGAACAGCAGCUCCUUCUAUGACUACGAGUACUACCUGGACAGUGUGGCCUUCAUGCUCUGCCGGAAGGAUGAGGUGAUGUCCUUUGGCAGGAUCUUCCUGCCAGUCUUCUACAGCCUGAUCUUUGUGCUGGGUUUGGGAGGAAACCUCUUUCUUCUAGUGGUCUUGCUCCGGUACAUGCCUCGCAGGCGGAUGACUGAGGUCUAUCUGUUGAACCUGGCCAUCUCCAACCUCCUGUUUGUGGUGACACUGCCUUUCUGGGGCAUCUCUGUGGCCUGGCAUUGGGUCUUUGGGAGUUUCUUAUGCAAGAUGGUGAGCACCCUCUAUACCAUCAACUUCUACAGUGGCAUCUUCUUCAUUAGCUGCAUGAGCCUGGACAAGUACCUGGAGAUCGUCCACACUCAGCUCCACCACAGACUGAGGACCCAGGCCAAAAGUCUGCUCCUGGCUGCCAUGGUAUGGACUAUGGCCCUGGCUGUCUCCAUCCCUGACAUGGUCUUUGUGCAGACACAUGAAAACCCCACAGGCGUGUGGAACUGCUAUGCAGAUUUCGGAGGACAUGGGACCAUCUGGAAGCUCUUUCUCCGUUUCCAGCAGAACCUCCUGGGGUUUCUCCUUCCACUCCUUGUCAUGAUCUUCUUCUACUCCCGCAUUGGCUCUGUGCUGGUCAGGCUGAGGCCCCCAGGCCAGGGCCGGGCUCUGAAGAUAGUCGUAGCCCUCGUGGUGGCCUUCUUUGUGCUGUGGUUCCCAUACAACCUCACCUUGUUUCUGCACUCACUGCUGGACCUGCAAAUCUUUGGGGACUGCAAGGUUAGCCAGCACUUGGACUAUGCCCUGCAGGUGACAGAGAGCAUUGCCUUCCUUCACUGCUGCUUCACUCCCAUUCUCUAUGCCUUCUCCAGCCACCACUUCCGCGGGUACCUGAAGGCUUUCCUCAUCACUGUGCUCCGGCACAACCAGGCACCUCGCCCUGCACAGGCCCCACUGUCCAGCUGUUCUGAGAGUAGCAGGCUCACUGCCCAAGAAGAAAUGACUGGCAUGAAUGACCUUGGGGAAAGGCAGGCUGAGCACUCCCCUGACAUGAAUGACUCGGGAGAAAAUGAAGCCUGAGUGACCAUACCACAGUCUGGUGAGAGUGGAUGGGACCCAGCUCAGUUGGGCAUCUACCCAAAGUCCUCUCUUCAAGGGCCUCAUGGAUUAUGUUGUCAAACCCAGUGGUCAGUUCUCAGUUCUCAACCAUCAGCAGCAUUUACUUACUCCUGCCUCUUCCUUUCACUUUCUUUAUUGCCUUCCAGGAAAUCAUACUCUCUUGCAUGAAUCGCUACAGUAGUGUCCUAACUGACCUCUGUGCUUCUUAUCAUCAUGCUAUGUCCUGUCAUCUAAUCUGCUCCCAGCAGCCAGCAUGAUCACCCACCCUCAGCCAUCACUGCCGUCUUCCUCAGAGUAGUUAGUCCAAGGCUUGCCACCCACCAGUGUGCCCUCUUCCCUGUAGCUCAGCUGGGAAAAUAUUGUUGCAGUAUCGUUUAAUGUCACAGCUUUGAUGGCACUGCCAAGGGUCUGGCAAGCCGGAGGGCCUGGAAGUGCCCCACCUGGGGAACUUCCCAGGAACAUGAGAGUCAGCAGGUGGGAUGCCAGGUGAACAUGGCAGUCCAGGAGGCUCUUCCUUCUUGUGCUUCCCAUGCCCCUCUCUGGAGCCUUCAAGGGUCCUGGGGCCUGCACAGUCAAGUCUAAAUUUUUUGUCUGGCUUCAGGGCUGGAGCUUUCACACGUAGAAUCCCAUACGCCAUCUUACCCUUAUAGUCCGUCAUUCCUUUUCACUUCCUGGACACCAGGUACCCCUUGUCUCUUACACAUUCCCACCUCUAUGUUUUGUGCUUGCCCACUUUCUUGUGUAACAGGGAUCAUUUUUUCAGCCAGCUGUCCCCUCAUCCUUGUUCUUUAGCUGUCUCUCCUAAGGCCCCAGAGUCCCACUGUCAGGAAAGACUCUGAGCUCCAUUGGUGCCCUGGGAAAUGAAGCUCUGUAUCUGAAGGUGAUGAUUUGUUUGAGGAUGUGGGGGAGUUGGGUUCUAUUUUGGAGCUCCUGAAAUCUGGUACACAAGGGACCUCAGUCCUGCCCACAUAGCAGCCUGACUGGUGAGAUACAGCCUGAGCUGUACCAACUGGGUCUAGGUACCCAGAGUCUCUGACAUCGUAUCCAUGAUGCAUAGAUGAGAUGGGAUAAGGUAUGCCAGCCAAGGGACACCUAGCAGGGCUUAUCCCCAGCACUGGCAGAUGUGUGUACGUGUAGUCUAUGUGCACAUGUCUGUGUUGCUGUGUGGGCUGUGCAUAGUACAUAUAGCUAUGUGGAUCUGACAUGAAUGUGUCACUGUGUCCCCUGGGCCUUGUGUCUGUGUGUUCCUAUGUGUCUUUCUCUAGCUGUGUAAGUGUGGGUAUGUGCUCUCUGCAAACAACAGGUAUAUAAGAAGUGCCCUGAAGCCGGUGCCCAAGGGGCAGGGGAAAGGGGGGCCACCAGUGACCCCUCGGUCCCUCUCACUGUCCUAGUUGCCAUGUACUGCAGCUGACCAUGGCGAGGGCUCUGACUACAGCACAGAAGGCACUGGUCAGGAAGCAAGUUGGAGCUGGGCUCUCACAGCCCAGGCCAGGACAGAGACCUCUUCAUCCUGACCUUACUUCCCAGUCCGCACCUCGGUUCCUCCUGCUGCUCUCCGUCUGCCCACCCAAAGGCCUAGUUCGCUGGCUACACUGCUCACGCCUUUCCAGGAAAGCUCCCAGGAUUCUCUUGGUCCUCAGACUCUGCGGCAAGAUGGACUCUUCCCCUGGCUGACCCAGGGAGAGGGACAGGCAUGGCUCUGCCUCUACCCUGUGAAAUGUGGUUUGAGGGUUUACAGCUAUUACUGCCUAUGGAAAAACUAUUUUUCUUUCCCAGGUACCUGCAGUUCCAUCUUUGGCAUGCCAUCUCUGAUCUUACUUUGUUAUAAGCUAUCCUUAGAGAAUACACAUAGUGGGCUUUUCUUUGAGGGAGAAAAAAUUUGGUGCAGAAAUGAGGAUUUGGGGGUCAGGACUGUUGUGUCAGGACAGGUAGUGAUUAGAUGUAUCCUUGGGGGUCUCAAUCUUCCUACUGCCUCAAGGUCCUUACUAGGGAAGGAAGGGUGGCCCUUGCAGAGACUGUGUCCAGUCCCCAUGCAAGGGGCGUAGGACUACAGGUGCCAUGGGCCCCUCCUGUGCCCGCAGCUGGGCAUUGGCCCCUACAUGCACACUAUAAUCCUGGGUGCUCACUGCUUUCUGGGAGGCCUGUUGUUAUGGGCUGUGGGACGGUAUACUUGUAGUCACCCCACACCUCUGACCCACUGAGGCUUCCCUUGGUCCCAGGUAUACCCUCAAACAUGCAGUUCCUGGGAGAUCACUCUCAGUUGAGACCUCUUGGUCUUGACUUAACGGAUUUGGGCCCUCAGUCCUGCCCCCCAGCCUGUUGACAGGCCAGGCCCUUGGUCCAGAUUUCUUUGGGUAUAGGGAAAAUGAGGGGGUAUAGCACCUGAGCAGUGCCCAGGAGGUGUGUGAAGGCCCUGCAUCUUUGCCUGUAUCCCAAUACCUGCUCUGGCACAGGGCCUGGCUGUGUGGGGAGGUCAUUGAUAAGCUCUGCAUGGUGGUUUCCAGCCUCUCAGUCCCCUUCUCCCUCCCCUGUUCUCUCUGUGUGUCUCUUCUUGUGCUCCUGGCCCCUUGUGGGAUAGGUUAGGAUAUCCUGGCUUCUCCAAGGCAGUCAGAGCUCUGUCAGGCUCUAGACAGAGGUUGUCCUUUGGGGGCAGUUAGACCCAGAGGAAGGCAGACUCUGGCCCGCAGGCACACAGCUAGUGGGGACAGACUCCUGCCUCCAGCCCCAGCCCCAGCCCCAGCCCCAGCCCCAGCCCUUGCCUGAGUUACUCUAAUAGCCUGUUAUCUUGGCAAAACUCAGGGCAGAACAGCCAGCCUCAAAAAAAUGCAAGAGGCCAGUCACAGAUUUGGGAGAGGUGAGUGGAGAGAAGCCCCACUAGGCAUCCUUGCAGGGGGUCUCUGCUGCCCGGCCUCCCUUCUCCAGGACCCUACGCCAGCUCCCAGUCACUGCUCCUCCUGUUCCAGCCCCAGCCGCAGCCAGGCCCUGCCAUCAGCCAGCUGUGGCUCUGGUAGCAGCACUUCUAGCCCUGGUAGGCAGGCCUGGCAAUGGGACUGUCUCCAUUUCACAUGCCAGGAAGCUGAGUGAGGCCAGGGAGGGGAAGGAAAUGAUUUGAGGACAUGAAGUAAAGUAGCUGAGACUGAGCCAGUUUUCUAUCAUUUAAUCUCCAUUUAGGGAAUUGGGGGUCAGGGAUGAAGUAAUAAGAUACCAAGCCCUGUGGGCUGCAGUCCGGGGGAGGGGGCAGGAGGAGGAAAGCAGGAAACAGAGAGCAACAACAAGUAACAGAUGUGCUGGGACACAAGCUGUGAACCUCAGGGGAGGGAGCCCAUUUCUGGCCAGAGGCUGGAACGGGUGAGAUCCAGGAAGGCCUCCAGGUUGGCAGUAAAAAGCAAGCAAGUGUACUUUCCAGACAGUUCCACUGGAGAAAGUUGGUAAGGCUGAAUUGCACUGGAUUGAACAUUUGGGAUCAACUGUGGCAAAAUUCAAAUGUUAGGUGCAAGGAGGUGACGGGGAACCAGAAAAGUGAAAGUAUGACAGGCAAAAGGUCUGGUGAAAGGUCUCUGGCAGCUGGGUGCACCGAGGGCCAGGCAGGCCUGGUGUGCAGAGUGCUGAGUCAUAGGAAUGGCAGCGGGGCUGGGGAAAAGAGGACAGUUUCGGAGGCAUGACAGAGGGUUGAACUGACAGAACUGGGGCCUGACUGUUUGUGGGUGAGAGUGGGGAGGAGAUCUGGUUUCUCCCAGAUCUGUCCUGGGGGAUGGGGUGGGUGGUGGUGUCCGGAGCAGAGGCAGGCAGGGUAAUCCAGAGAAGGAGGUGGUUCAGGACAGAGGUGGGGAGACAGAUGCUGAGUUCUGUGUGGGCCAAACUGAGUCAGAGGUGCUGUGGGACCCCAGCGGGGAGAUUGAGGGUCUGGAAGUAGGAGAGAGCUCUGAACUCAGCUGUGGUUGUGGAGACCACAGGAGGGAUUGAGACCACCCUGAGGUGGGAGUGUGGAGGGGAGACAAGGGCACUGAGGUGGGGGGGGGGCCUUGAAUAACUCCUAUGUGAAAGGCAGCGUUUCUCCAGACCUGCUCUAUCUAAUUCAGGAGCCACUAGCCACAUGUGGUUGGUGAGCACUAGAAUGUGGCUAGUCUGAAGUGAGAUACACUGCAAGGGUAAAAAGUACAUACCAGAUUUUGAAGGCAACACACACACAAAAAGAAAUU